AUGAGAGGGCUUGUCCUCUGCUGCCUUGUGGCUCUGGCCUCAUGUCAAAGUCUCCGUUAUGACUUGAGCCUAAACCCCAAGAAAACCUACGAGUACAAAUAUGAAGGACUGGCCAACUUUGGACUGGGCAUGCCAAACCUCGCUGAAUCUGGGGCCAAACUAACAUGCAAGGUUAAGAUCGUCGGUGUGUCUGCGCAGACGUUCCUCCUUCAGAUUUCAGAUUUGGCCUUCGAAGAGUUUAAUGGCUUCCCAGGGAAAAACAGCUUCAUUGCUGUGCCAAAACUCACCCAGCGAAUCGCGGCCCAGCUUGUCAAACCCUUCAUGUUUGACUUUGCCGCCGGCCAUGUCGGCAACAUCCACGCCUCAGCUGAGGUAUCGGACACUGUUGUGAACAUCAUUAGGGGUAUUCUCAGCUUCUUCCAUAUCACUGUCAAGACCACACAGAGAUUCUAUGAGCUCGAGGAGGCUGGAAUUCAUGGCAUGUGUCAGAGUAACUAUGCCAUUGACGAAAACAAGGAAACAAGGGACAUGACCAUCACUCAGGUUGUAGAUGUCACAAAUUGCAGGGAGAAGGCAGAACGCUACAGAGGAAUGGCCACCACUGUGCUUGAUAACCUUUCCAAGAAGAGAGGAGAUUCUAUUGUUUCAACCAUGAGAUAUGUUUACACGAUCAAACCAACAGUUGAGGGAGGACUCAUUUCGAAGGCUCACGGCUUAGAGCAACAACACUUCAGUCCCUUCAAUGUGAAGGGUGGAAGCUUCAAAAUGAAAGCUACGAAGGAAAUAGUGUUGCUGGAUGUGAGAGAUACACCAUCUGCUGUCACUUACGGGCCCAUGAAAAAAAGAGGCAACAUUAUUUACAAGUUUGUCGAAGCAGGAGCACAUAUUCCUAUUGUCAUGCAGAACCAGGAUGAUGCAGUAUCAAAGGCUGUUGAGUUGAUCAAACAUUUGGCUGAAACCAAUAAGUACCAAAUUGACAGUGCAACAACUGAGGAAGCGAUGAAGUUGUACCAACUCCUGAGACUGGUGCCGUACGAAGGCAUUGAAGUUAUGUGGAAACAGCUUGCUGCCAAUGACGAGUACAGACGUUGGUUUUUGGACACGAUUGUGGAAGUCAACGAUGCCAGAAUCCUUAAAUUCCUGCAAAUGAGAUUCCAGAUUGGAGACCUAAGUGCAUCUGAGGCCUUCCAAACGCUGUUGCUGGCCUUUAACCAUCUAGAUGCGAUUCCGGAACUGAUUGAAAUGGCUAAAAUGUUCCUUAACCUGCCCUACAGUAGAUCAAACAUAUUUGUGUGGCAUACUGUAGCACUUUCUUAUGGCUCUCUGGUGAACAAGCACUGUGCCUACUACACACCUUGUCCAGUGUCAGCUGUUCAGCCGCUUCUGGACUUCGCUAUGGACAGUCUCAAGAACAACAACGAGGAGAACAUAGUUUUGUCUUUAAAAGCUCUGGGCAAUGCGGGUCAUCCAGGCAGCAUUAAAACCAUAAUGCGCUUCCUCCCUGGAGUUUCGGCCAACCCGGUGGAUCUUCCUCCUCGUGUGUUGAGUGCUGCUGUCCAAUCCUUGAGACUCAUUGCUGCACGAGAUCCACACAGUGUCCAAGACAUUACAAUGAGUCUUUACCUGCAAAAAGACCUUCCUGCUGAGUUGCGCAUGUUGGCCAUCAUGAUCUUGUUUGAGACAAAGCCGCCGAUGGCGCUGGUGUCAACUGUAACUGCACACCUGCAGGAAGAAAAGGACCUACAUGUAGUUAGUUUUGUGUACUCCUACUUGAGAAGCAUGGCCAAAUCCAAAACUCCUGACAAUCAACACCUAUCCACUGCCUGCAACGUAGCAGUUAAAAUCCUGGCCCCUAAAUUUGGUCGCCUCACCUAUCGCUACAGCAAGGCUAUGCGCGUGGAUUGGUAUAAUGACGAUUUACUCCUCGGCACGGCUGCAGAGUUCUUCAUGCUAAGGAAUGCAACAGAAAUGAUCCCCACUGAAAUUAUGAUGAAAGGAAAAUUGUAUUUUAUUGGUAGGAUUCUUCAACUUAUGGAGAUGGGGAUACGUGCUGAUGGGAUCAAGGAUAUUUUUGGCUCCAUCAUCUCCAAAUUGAAAGUAGAUGUUAGUGACUUCCAGACCAUUUAUCAACAGCUCCGAAACUUGGAAUCUCAAAACAGUGACAAACCACUUCUUAAUUUCUAUUCUCGCGCUUCUGGACAAGAGUGGUUCUAUGCAGAUGUCAACAGAGAGUUUAUUCGCAAAAUCAUCAAUCUUGUAGGUCCUUCUACAGGCAAAGACAGCUCUGUGUGGACAUUCAUUGAGAAUUUACACAAAGGAAUUUCAUGGCAUUGGACAAAGCCAUUCUUAAUAUUUGAGACACGCUACUUUCAGGCUUCCACUCUUGGCCUACCACUAGAGAUCAGCAAAUAUUAUUACGCCCUUAGUGGCAUAACAGUGAAUGCAAAGGCUGCAAUAAAUCCACCGCUAACUGAUCGCCUUGCUCAAGUCUUGACCUCAGAAAUUUCCCUGGAAACUGAUGGCUUUGUUGGUUGCACAAAAGAUAUUUGGUUGUCAUAUGGUAUCAACACAGAGCUUUUCCAGAGUGGUGUUGAGUUUAAAAGCAAAAUACCAUAUUCCAUCCCAUGGAAGUUAGCCGCCAAGGUUAAUGUCAGAGAAAGGAAAUUUCAACUUGACAUCCCUUUGAGCAAAAAGGAAGUUGAACUCUUCACUGUAAGCUCUGAUGUAUAUGCAGUCUCUAGGAACAUUGAAGCACCAACUUCACCUAAAAUGACCCCAAUGAUGCCCAAAGCUAUUGACUCUAAUAAUGAAAUUGUUCGCAAGGGUCCCACAAUUGUGAAGCUUGAAAUUGACGAAGAGAUACAGAGGCCCAAUAACUGGCAUCCAAUGGCUAAAAUGUGUACUGAGAAAAACAUUUACGGAGCAGUUGUCUGUGUUGAAUCCGAGUUGAGAAGAGCAUAUUACCAUGAGGAGUACCCCUUAUACUACUUACUGGGAUACACAAAUGUGGCACUUAAAGCAGUCCCUGUCCAGGCAAACAAACCUGUUGACAAGAUCCGAUUUGAGGUCAAUGUUGGCCCGAGCCAAUACCCAACCAGCACCAGAGAACUUCUUGAAACUCUAAUGAGGCUCUCAAAGGAAGCCACACUGAAGGCUCAACUAUCCUCGGAUUCCGAAUCAAGUGAAGCAGAACUUGAUGGGACCCCUGCUGGCAUGGCCUCCAACUCAACGCCUGCAGCUGUUUUCAAUAUCCGAGUUCUUGCCUUGAGCGGGAACCAUAAGCCGGAAGGUUAUGAAACAGCGGUGUUCUACACACCCGAGUCCAGCCUUAAGAACUCCCAACUCAUUGUGUCCCAGGUGGGAGACAAUACCAACUGGAAAAUGUGUAUGGACUUGGAGCUGGAUGGCCGUGCAGAAGCAAAGGCACACCUUAGAUGGGGAGCUGAAUGUCAGUCCUUUGACAUGUCAUUGAGAGCCAAUACAGCACGUCUGCCUGGUUCCAAGCCAACGCUGAGGGCCAAAGUCCACUGGAACAGAAUCCCUGAAACCAUGGCAGAGUUUUUCAGAGGUAUUGAGGCCUACAUCCCAGGCAUGGCGUUUCUACUUGGCUUCAACCAGCAGCACGAAAUAAAUCCAACACAGGAAGUUGCUGCUUCAGUUGUUGUCGCCUCUGCAGACAGCCUUGACCUUAGGAUUCAAUUGCCACAGUAUACAGUCUACCGCCAAUCCAUCCCAGUUCCUCUGCCACGUGGCAGUCUUCUGGAAUUGCAAUUAAACACCAGAAACACGACGAUGUAG